AUGGUUCAAUCGAUGGCCCAAUCGGUCGUACGUUUGGCUCAAAUGACUUUCGGUGUGAACAGACAUCACAGGCUUCUCCACAAGUUGCUCAGUAACUUAGCGGACUUCUCUGUUAACAGAGUUUACUAUUUGUUUCUUGAGUACUCACUGAGCUAUAACUCAGCAGAAGCCAGCGCAAGAUGUUCCGUGACUUAUGUGUCCAUUUGUGAGACACAACACUUCCAGAUGUGUGUCUUCGGCCUCCGCAGCAGUCGCUGUCGUAUACCUCUUCACAAUCACCCGGGAAUGUAUGGACUCAUUAAAGUGAUGUUCGGAUCCUCUCCAACUAUACGGCGCUUCCCAUCGACGGGCAUGGUGGCCAUCAUGUCCGAAGAGGUGUUCAACGAGUCAUUGAAUCGCCUGAAGAGACAAUUGUCUCAAAUGACAUACAAAGACAUUAAUCUAAACAAAGAACUCAUGAGUGACUCGAUAUUGAGUCGUCUUCGGUCGCGCAGAUGUUCCGUCACUUAUGUGUCCAUUUGUGAGACACAACACUUCCAGAUGUGUGUCUUCGGCCUCCGGAGCAGUCGCUGUCGUAUACCUCUUCACAAUCACCCGGGAAUGUAUGGACUCAUUAAAGUGAUGUUCGGAUCCGUCGGAUCUCGAGAUGUCUGUGUCUUAACACCCAAUCAACGCAAUUAUCACGAAGUGGUGGCCAUCGACGGUCCGGCGGCCAUACUCGACAUCUUAGGGCCGCCCUAUAAGGAGGACCGGGAGUGCCAUUACUUCAAAGUGAUUGCAACCGUCUUUGACCGGAGGCUUCAGCGGGACAUCACUUGGCUUUUAGAGCUCGAAGACGUGCCUCAAGACUAUCGGUGCGACUCUUUGCCAUACAUUGGACCUCAUAUUGAGUUGAAUUAG